AUGACGGAUUGGGAUAUAAACUGCAGGAAGAGUUCAGACAGGCAGAAUGCGUACGAAGGAAGUAGUUUUCCCUUGCGAUCAGUAGGUGAGGUUGCAAGCGUCAUCAGGCAAGGAAACUGGAGUACUUCAGACCAUGCCCCAAAAACAAGGGGUUGGGUUGGAAUCUUCCUUGCAGUCAAUAUAUUGGAUAGUCAGAAUGGCCAUCAUUACAUAACAGCUACCUGCUCUGUACCCAGCAUUCCUCGGCAGCUCCACUAUAGCUUGGUUGGCUUACCGAGCGAAAGUUAUCUACUGGCUACUCCAGACUGGCUAUCAAUUCCGUCCUAUCUUAUCCCGUACUAUCUAGUAGGUUGGAAUCCAGCGUUAUACCCGACUGAGUUUAGUAAGGCUGAACGUAAAAAGAGAAUCUCUCCCCGUGCUGCGCACCAAGAAGCUUACGGAGUACUCAGCAUCAUUAUCAUACGAUUAUCUCACCAUAGGCCGACCGAGCACAGGUUGGUACAUCCUUUCUAUUUCUCAAGGCGAGUUUCCGUUCUAUUUUGGGCGCCAUCUUCCAGCAGUUGA